UGACAUAAUAUUUAGCGGGAGAGUAGAUAAUUUAUUGAGAUAAUUUAUUGACUCAUUUAUUUUUACUAUAAUUAGAUCUUUGUUUUCCUUGUUUUAUUUAGUUUUAAUUGACAAAUAUGCCGAAAGUGUUAAGUUUAAAGAAGCCACAAGAUGUUGCUUCAAAACAAAAACCUAUAUCAUAUUUUUUUAAGACUGCUGGUCAAAAAGGGUCUGGUACAACUAAAACCCUAAGUCCCACUAAGAAAGCUGAGAAUGGGACAAGCAAUUCUAAGCGAAAAGCUUCCUCGCCUAUUUCUGUUGUACCAGAACUCGUAAAUGGGCAACUUAUUUAUGAGUCGAAAUCCCCGAAAAAGCUGAAGCCUGACGGUGGAAGAAGUCCUCUAUGCCGCAAAAGCAAUAGUCCUAAGAAGUCGCCUAAUAAAGAGAAUAUUAACAAAAGCAUAUCACCUCAAAAGUCAGUUUUAUCAUAUUUUGAUAAGAAAAAUGGGGAAAGUACUAGUCCUACAUCUGUAAAGAGCGAAGUGAAUCCAAUCACUGUUAAUGAUAAUAUUGAUAAUCAUGUUAAAAAAUAUUUGAAUCAUGAGUCAUCUGUGUCAGGUCCUAACAUGAAACCAAGUUAUAUACAGCAUGUUACUCAUAAAGUGUCCCCUAAUAAGAAUGGGUUGAAAAAAGUUAACAGCCCACAACAGCAGAGUCCCAAUAAAGGUCCACUAACUGAGUUCUUCAAGUCCUCACCAGACAAUAAGAAUAAAACUCCAGAAAAAGUAAUAAAUGAUGUUCCAUCUUCGCCAAAGAGAAGUCCUAUUGUCAAGGCUUUAGACUUCAGUUCAGAAGACAUCUGUGAUGACUUUGAUGAAGAUUUUGAUGUUAAUGAUUUGGAGAUGCAAGAUGUUCCUUCAUCUUCUAAUCAUUUAAAGAAAGCUAGUCUUAAAGGGUCUAUUGCUAUUAAAAUUGAAAAUCCCACAAAAAGUACAGAUAGUGACACAAGGUCUCCUAAAGGGAAAGCUUUAUUGGGAACUGCAAAAGAAACAAAAUCUCCGAAAAAAAUGCAACAUUCAAUCAUUCCGCGACAAAGUCCAAGGUCUCGCAAAAGCAAUAGUCCUAAGAAGAAAACGCCUAUUAAAGAAAAUAUGAACGAAAGCAAAUCACCCCAGAAGUCAAUUACAUCAUAUUUUACUAAAAACCAACAAAAUAUUAAAAGUCCAACAUCUGUGAAGGAUAUAGAGUCUUCACCUAAGAAAAGUUCCAGCGUCAAAGCUUUAGACUUUAGCUCUGAAGAAGUCUGUGAUGACUUUGGUGAUGAAUGGGUCAUUGAUGAUAUGGAGGAUGCCACUGAAGAUUUGGACUUGAGUACAAUGCAGCGCUGCAAGAUACUCAGUAUAAAGGACUACACCAACAGACUGGAGCUCAGGUUGCAGUGUGAUGAUAGAAAGGCCACAUGCUAUGUUGAAGGAAUAUGGCUAGACACUCCACUAGUCCCAAACGAGAUAGUAAGUAUCCUCGCGUCCCGGGACCCGUCCGGCCGGUUCUGUGUCACUAACACGUCAGGGCUGCUAGUCCUGCGCCCGGACCACCUGGUGUCCAGCACCAGUGUGGUGGCCGGAGUGUUCUGCAAGCGCAAGGCUGUGCUGCAGGAGCGCUGGAGAGGGAUCGAUUCUGCUAAUAUGGCUAUGACAACCGGCAUACUAAUCCACGAGCUUGUACAAAAAGCCCUUACACAGAAGAUCACAUCUAUAGAAGUUCUCCGGGCAAUGGCCGCGGAUAUUAUAAAGGAGUCUGUCGACAGACUGUACGACGCGGGCCUGAGUGAGGCGGAGGCGCGCUCUAACAUACAGAACUAUAUACCAUCGCUAGCUGAUUUCAUGAACACUUAUGUAGCUGAGAAACCUCCGACUGUUGCAAAUGUCAAAAUAGACAAAAGCAACUGGUCUGGUCACAUUGAUAAAGUGUUGGAUAUAGAAGAGAAUCUUUGUUGCCCGAAACUUGGUUUGAAAGGCAAGAUCGAUGCUACUGUGCAAGUCACCAUACAUGAUAGAAAAGGUCGGCAACGCGCCAUUGUUCCUCUGGAGCUGAAGAGUGGCAAAGCGUCCAUGUCUGCGGAGCAUCGCGGCCAGCUGGUCCUGUACGGCAUGAUGCUCAACCUGCAUGAUGGAGAGGACCCCGCGCAGGCCGCGCAAAGGGGAUUGCUGCUGUAUCUGAAAGAUCGCGUAGAGCUAAAGGAGGUUAGUUGUGGUUACCCGGAGCGGCGCGACCUGGUGAUGCUCCGCAAUCAGCUGGUGCAGUACCUGGCUGCCUCACCACAGGAUAUUGACACAGAUCAACUCACGGACAUAGAGGAUGCUUCGGUACUGUUACAACAGAAGCUACCUGAACCUGUCGACCAUCACAACGCCUGCGCUAAGUGUCCCUACCUCACACUGUGUUCUUUACAUCUAUGGCAUACAGACGGCCCAAAUGUAUCGGAGCAACAUCCUUUAGCUAAAUUACAUACUGAAGCCUUGGGCCACUUGUCUAAGGAACACAUUCAAUACUUCUUGCACUGGACCGCGUUGCUCAAAAUGGAGGAAAGAGGACAGAUGGUUAAGUCGCCCUUACAUGCGCUGUGGACGGAAUCCGUCCAGAAAAGAGAAAAACGCGGCGCAUGUGCAGCGAAUUUAAAAUUAAAAAGCGUUGUACCGUCAGGAGACCGAUAUAUGAAUAUAUUUCAACGCACAGUAGAUAAAGGUGAUAAUGUGGAUGUGAAAUCCAGUAAAGGCCCGCAAGAAGGUGAAUUCUCUAUUGUCGGUAUUGAAGAUAGACCAUGGAUCGCGGCUGGAGUUAUUAGCGUGGCAAAUACGAAGGAGAUACAUAUACUUCUGGAAAGAGACCUAAGUCGUCGUCUAAACAAAGAUACAGUGUACCACAUAGACACGUACGAGUCGUUUGCAACCACAGUACAGAACUUGACUAACUUGGGUGUGCUUAUGGAAGAUAGUGAUCGCGCAGAGAGACUUAGAAAAUUAAUAAUAGACAAGGAGCCUCCACAAUUCGAGUUGAAGUUACAUCGCGAUGUCGGCCGGCUGGGGACCAAGUUAAUGAGGUCUCUGAACAUACAGCAACAGCGGGCAGUUCUGAAGGCGUUGGCUACCAAGGACUACGCUCUCAUGAGAGGCCUGCCUGGAACUGGUAAAACACAAACAAUAAGCGUGCUAAUUCAGAUGCUGGUCGCGUUAAAACAACGCGUCCUAGUCACUGCGCACACGCAUUCAGCUGUCGACACGGUGCUUAGCAGGCUACCGGAAUCGUUGCGUGUGAUGCGUCUGGGCUCGUCCGCCCGCGUGGCCCCCGCGCUACUCAAGCGCAGCGAACAAACUCUCACUGCAGACUGUAAUACUCCUGAUCAACUUGCACAGCUGUAUGAUUCUAUGGAAGUGGUAGGCGUGACAUGUUUAGGUGCCGCCCACGCAAUGCUUGCGCGUACUACUUUCGAUCUUUGUAUCGUCGACGAGGCGACACAGGUGUUACAAUGCACAGUACUGCGACCUUUAUUCGCUGCGAAGAGAUUCGUGUUGGUCGGAGAUCCAGAACAAUUGCCGCCCGUUGUUAGAAGCAAAGCAGCGAGGCGCCUUGGUAUGGAAGAGAGUUUAUUCCACCGCCUGAUGUGUGAGGAAGCGACAUCUACUCUCCAGCUGCAGUACCGCAUGAACCAGGCGCUAGCCGACCUCGCCAACCGCGUGGCUUACAACGACAGGCUGAAGUGCGCCGACCAGACUGUUGCUACGGCUAAACUGGAUAUAGAUGUCAAGAAAAUCUCACGGCUAUCUGUUUCCCCAUGGCUAUCAACAGUCUGCAGCCCAGAACCACAGCAUGCGGCGCUGUUCCUCAAUGUGGAAACUCCAGAGGAUAUGACUGAUGUAUCCAGCAAGAAUUCUUGUACGAACCCUGUUGAAGCUUGUGUCGUUAUUGCUAUUGUGGAGGCCUUGAAACAGGGCAACGUAAAAUCAUCAGACAUAGGCGUCAUAGCCCCGUACCGCGACCAGGUGGCGCUACUGCGACGCUCGUUACUACGUCACUCGGUAGACGUGAGCACUGUCGACCAGUUCCAAGGGAAGGACAAGCCCGUCAUCAUAUACUCUUGUACGAAGAGAACUGAUAAACAGGAGGACAAGAAAGUUAAGGAAGGUGAAGUACUGAAUGACCAACGCCGUCUAGCAGUAAGCGUGACUCGCGCUAAACAUAAGUUCCUAAUAAUCGGCAACUCAGAGGCUUUACGACGCUACGAGCCCCUACAACGACUGAUCCAGACUUGUACUGCCGUGAAUCUAGACAAAGACUGUGUAAAUAAAAUACGUGAUAAAUAUAAAUCGUGUGUAUCGUGACAAAUAUCAGUAUUGUGUAAUUUAAAUUAUGUUGAAAAGCUGAAGAUAUUUUUUGUUUUAAGUGAUCAUGUUUCUGUUUUAUAAUUCGCAAAAUAAA